AUGGCGGAUGUCAAAGACGAACCUACGGCAACCAAGAAAGCUGGACAUGCCUCCAUAAAGUUCCUGAUGCUAACUGCGUCAAACUACACCGUCUGGUGUAUGAGGAUUAAGAUAACACUUAAGUUUAGUGAAACUCGGGACAAGAAAGCUAUGGUGGGUACGGAAGAGGUCGAGGACGGGGCGGUCGCUCACCCUAGAGAGGUGAUCGAAGAAUCAAAGAUAGUAAAGAAAUUCUUGAAAAGUCUACCGAGAAAGAAAUAUAUUCAGAUUGUUGCCUCAAUCGAACAGCUUCUUGGCCUCAACUCAACAAGUUUUGAGGACAUCGUUGGUAGGCUAAAGGCCUAUGAAGAGAGAAUUACUGAAGAUGAAGAAGAAGAACAUGAAGAUAAAAACCAAACCUCGCUCAUCUACGAGUAUUCAGAUGUGUUUGCUAUGCAAGAACAGAGACCAUUGGGAGAAAGAAACUUGACGACAAAUCACGGGUGCUUGUACACUUGGGAACACAACAGGGAUCAAAGGUGUACCGCCUACUCGACCCAUCAAGCAAACGAAUCAGAGAAAACCAUUGUCGAGGUUAAACGUUUGGGUAAUAAUGAUGAGAUCAUUAUUGAGGAAGGAGAUGAGAAUGAAACCGGUAUAGAGAUCAAUGAAGAAGAAGAUCUUGAAGAGGGAGGAGACGAAGUGCAGCCGCAACUUACAAGGUCACAAAGGGUGACUGCGAAACCCUCACACCUCGAUGACUAUAUCAUCUUGGCCGAAGUAGAGGGUGAGCGUUUGUUGAUGAUAGUAAUGAUGAACGAGGUAGUUUAUCUCAAUGAAAGGAAGGUGAAUCCAAGCACGUUUGAAGCCGACUUGGAUACGAUGAACAUAUGGUAUCUCGACAAUGGUGCGAGUAACCACAUGAGUGGAAACCGUUUGACAUGA